UGUAGUAGUGACCCUGCUUUAUGUACAGUCAAUAGCGUAUGCCAAGAUGGUUCAUGUGUUUGUCAGAGGGGAUACUAUAUAAACCAAGAUGGAGAUAUGUGUAUACAAGAUAUAGGUGCUAGCUGUGGUGAAGACUUGCCCGAGGCUUGUGCUGAUGACCCCAACAGUGUGUGUAACACAACAUUGGCCAGAUGUGUAUGCAAACUUGGAUUCUAUAUGAAUAAAGGAUUAUGCCGAUCUGUGAUAGGAGCCUUAUGUAGUGAUGACCCAACAUUAUGUUUCAAGUUUGAUGAGAACUCUGUGUGUGGACCAGAGGGUACAUGUACUUGUAAACCUGAUUACAAUCUAGAGAACAAUCGAUGCAGUCCACAUUCUGGAAGAAGAGCAUGUUCGCAUGAUGUUGAUUGUACGUCACAUGACCCUAAUACUGAAUGCUCAUUGGAUGGCACCUGUGUUUGUAAAUUCUCUUUUGAGCUAUCAGCUGGGAUGUGUACAUUUUCUGAGGACUUCAACUGCAAGACAUCUGAUGUUGAUUGUGAUGUUCUGAUAGAGCACAGUGAGUGCAUGGAAGAUGGGGAAUGUCACUGUCGCCAUGGUUACAAG